AUGGUUUGUUAUAAUAUGCCACUAAAAACAUCCAUUUAUGCUUCUAGACUUAGUAUUAAGCUUUUGUGGUUCUAACUUCAGAAAAAUGAUUAAGAUGCAAAUUCUCAAAAUAAAAGCCAACAAGAGUAAAUUAAUGAAUAGAAAAAAAUGCAGUUAGAUCUUGGAAUAGGAAGUUCUGGUUAGAUAUAAAAUCCAAAAAAGCCAUCAUCAAUAGUAUCACCAACUGACAAUUAUUUCUAAUUGAAUGAUGAGAAGGAAUAAGAAAAGGAGAAGCUAUUUGAUUUUCAAGGGGAUGAGGAGCUAAAAUUGAAUUAAAAACUUGUAAAAGAUCAAUUUAAAUAACGGUAAUAUAAUGAAGAAAUUAAAGAAGGGUUAGAAAAAGAAGAUUAGCAAGAAAAAAUAGAACCUUAAUGGAUUUAAAAGAGUUGUCAAGAUAUGGUAGCCAGAAGAAGAUUAGAGAUUGAGAAAACUCUAUUAAGAACAUAGGAAUAUUUAUCAAUGUUCCUAAAGAUGGAGAAGGAUUAAUCCAAAAUAAGUGAAUUAGUUAUUUUAUUCAAGUGUAAAUAAAGAUGGAUUCAAGAUGAGGAUACAAAGUUAGUUUCUAUGGUAGCCCUUGAAGGCAAAAAUUGGACCAAAUUAGCCAGACAUUUCUAGGAAGAACUGGGAAACAGAUUAGAGAAAGAUAUCUUAAUAAAUUAGAUCAAUUUUUAAUUUUGUCCCAUGGACAGACUUCGAAGAUCAAGAAAUAGUAAAAUAUUACAAUUAAUGUGGUGCAAAAUGGAGUUUGGUAGCUUUACAUUUAAAAGGAAGAUCAGUAUUGAUCCUAAAUACAUAGGAAAAUAUGGUGAAGAACAGGUUUUAUUCAAAAUAUUCAAAAAAAUUUUUUUGGGUCGAUAUAAAAUAAAGACUAGAUAAUAUUUAAAUAAGGCAUGCAUUUCUUAAACAAUUGAGAGAAAUAAAAAUAUUGAAGUUGAAUAUUCUGAUAUUUCUAAUAAUGAUAUGAAGUUAUUUAAUUCCGAAAACUAUUCAUCCUCAAUUGGAUAGUGUAAAUUUCCUUUUUAUUAUUAUGAAAAUAAUGUAUUUUAUGAGAACCUUGAAUAUCUGAUCUAUAAUAUUUGUUUUGAUCGUGAGUUCGAUAAAAAGCAAGAUUAUUUUGAAUUGUUUUAUUCUUUAUAAUAAUACAAAAUCAUUAUUUAGUUAAGACCUGAAAAUCCAUUGAAAACUGAUAAAAUAUUUAAAGAUAGUAAUUGUAUUUGA